GCCACCCCCGGGGCUGGAGGUCGGUGGUCCCUUCCAGGCCAGGCGUGCAGCAGAGCCGCGCCGCCCGCUCCCCUGCCCCCACACUCACCUCGUCACCUCCCCGCCCUCUCGGCGGGCCCCUGAGGUGCGCGGCGCAGGCGCGGAGCUGGGCGGUGAGUGCGGCCGGCCGGGGAGCCGGGGCCUGGGGCCUGGCUGGCAGGGCUUGGGGCGCGCGGGAGGGUGAGGGGCUGGCGCAGCGGAGCGCCCGGGAGCGCGAGAGUCGCAGCCCGCGGCAGGGUGCCCGCGGGCUGUGCGGCGAGGCCCUUCGGCCAGUUCUCGGCCGCCUCCGGCUCGGAGCUGCGCUGGGGCUGGCCCGGCGGACCCUGAGGGACUGACACUCUUUACUAUUGGUGAAAACUACCAUCAUUCAUUUUUCCUCACUCCAAUACUAAGAACAAUACCAAAUUGAAAAGAUAUGAAUGAAUAUCCUAAAAAAAGAAAAAGGAAGACUUUACAUCCCUCUCGCUAUUCAGAUUCCUCAGGAAUAAGCAGAAUUGCAGACGGAUUCAAUGGAAUUUUUUCUGAUCACUGUUACAGUGUCUGUUCUAUGAGACAACCAGACUUAAAAUAUUUUGACAACAAAGAUGAUGAUUCUGAUACAGACACAUCAAAUGACCUGCCAAAAUUUGCAGAUGGAAUCAAGGCAAGAAACAGAAAUCAGAACUACCUGGUUCCCAGUCCUGUGCUUAGAAUUCUAGACCACACUACCUUUCCUACAGAAAAAUCUGCUGAUAUUGAAAUUUGUGAUGAAGAGUGUGAUUCGCCUGAAUCAGUCAACCAGCAGACUCGAGAGGAGAGUCCUAUAGAGGUCCACGCUGCUGAAGAUGUGCCAAUUGCUGCAGAAGUACAUGCAAUUUCUGAAGACUAUGAUAUAGAGACAGAAAACAACUCUUCUGAGAGUCUCCCAGAUCAAACUGAUGAAGAGCCACCUGCUAAACUCUGUAGAAUUCUUGACAAGAGCCAAGCUUUGAAUGUAACUGCUCAGCAGAAAUGGCCUUUACUGAGAGCUAAUAGCAGUGGCCUCUAUAAAUGUGAGCUUUGUGAGUUCAACAGCAAGUAUUUUUCUGAUUUAAAGCAGCAUAUGAUCUUGAAACAUAAGCGUACUGAUUCAAAUGUAUGUCGAGUAUGCAAGGAAAGUUUCUCUACCAACAUGCGUUUGAUUGAACACGCCAAACUGCAUGAAGAGGAUCCCUACAUUUGCAAGUACUGUGAUUAUAAGACAGUAAUUUUUGAGAACCUCAGCCAGCACAUUGCAGACACACAUUUUAGUGAUCACCUCUAUUGGUGUGAACAGUGUGAUGUACAGUUUUCCUCAAGUAGUGAACUCUACUUACAUUUUCAGGAGCACAGCUGUGAUGAACAGUACUUAUGUCAGUUCUGUGAACAUGAAACAAAUGAUCCAGAAGACUUGCAUAGCCAUGUUGUAAAUGAACACGCAUGUAAAUUAAUAGAGUUAAGUGAUAAAUACAACAAUGGAGAACAUGGACAAUACAGCCUUUUAAGCAAAAUUACCUUUGACAAAUGUAAAAACUUCUUUGUAUGUCAAGUAUGUGGUUUUCGGAGCAGACUUCAUACAAAUGUUAAUAGGCAUGUUGCUAUUGAGCAUACUAAAAUUUUUCCUCAUGUUUGUGAUGACUGUGGAAAAGGCUUUUCAAGUAUGCUAGAAUAUUGCAAACAUUUAAAUUCACAUUUAUCUGAAGGUAUUUAUUUGUGUCAGUACUGUGAAUAUUCAACAGGACAAAUUGAAGAUCUUAAAAUUCAUCUAGAUUUCAAACAUUCAGCUGACUUACCUCAUAAAUGUAGUGACUGCUUGAUGAGGUUUGGAAAUGAAAGGGAAUUAAUUGGUCACUUGCCAGUUCAUGAGACAGCUUGAUUGAUCCUUUUAUUUUAAUUUCCAUAAUGUUAAUGUAAAAUAAUAAAUUGAACUUUUUGUGAGAUGUUAAAAUGGAUGAAUUUAAAUCCAACUUAUGAGAAUUGUCUUGUAUAACUAAGAUUUUUAAAAUUUUUCCUCUUAGUACUGCUACGUUUUCAGCUUAUAGUUGCAGACUAAGUAUGUGUUUUCCUUGUAUGUUCAUAGUUUAACCACUCUUAGGACCAUCAUCCUGGUUCUUGCAUGUGCUCUGAUUUCAUGAAUUGAUAAGCAGUUAUACUAAAGAAACUAGACUACAGUUUUCCUUCCAUCAUCAUAGGUGCUAUUAACUUUUUCUUAAGCUCAUGACAGGUUCAGUUCUUCGUGUAUGAAGUCAUUGAUGUACUGCACUUACUACAGUCAAAGCGCAACAUAAUAUAUAAUUAAGUCCACCGACCAUCUUUUAAUAAAAAACUCUUUUGCAUUCCCCAUCAGUAAUUAUCCCCAGGAAAGUCCAUGGGCUUUCCAUCUGUGGGAUUCUUUUAAUAACACAGGAGAAGAUUCCUGUAAAAGGGAAAUAUUUCAUUUUCCUAGAGAUUUGUUUUCUUUUGAAUACUUUAUUUAGUCCUACCUGUGUAUUAAGUAAUUUAAGAUGGAAAUGGGGAGGAACUAGCAAGGGGUGGGGGAAAGGGAGGAAUGUAGGCUAUAAAAAAGUAACAUUUCAUAAUCUGCUGACAUUUCAUAGUUAGUUAUGCAAUUACAAAGUCAUGUCCAAGUUUCUCCUCUCAUUGAGACAAAAUCUAUGAAGUAUUAAUAUAGGAUAAGGAAAUAACUAGGCGUUUCUGGAAGAUUAUUUUACUUUUGAUAAUGGUCAGUUAAUUUUAGCUUCUAUGUUAGUCCCCUGUACCUGUUGUAAUAAUUUACCACAAAUUAAAUGAGUUAACAAAUGUAUUACCUCACAGCUUUGGGAGCUAACAAUUCAGAUCAAAAAGUUGGCAUGAUUGGUUUCUUUGACAGCUGUGAGGAAAAGAUAAUGUUCCAGGCUGCCUUGACCUGUAGAUGGCCAUCUGCAAAUACAAAUGAUGUUCUCCCUAUAUACUAUUGGUCUCCAAAUUUUCCCUCUCUAUCUGAACACCAGUCAUACUAGAUCAGGGCCCACCCUAAUAAUUCAUUUUAAGUUAGGAAAGAUCCUAUCCCCAAAUAGGAUCAUAUAUUCUGAGAUACUUGGGAGUGUGGGCUUCAGCAUAAGAAUUGAGAGAGAGAACUACAAUUUAAUAGCUUCUGAAACAGUAUCAAGAAGAUAGAAUUUUGUGUACAGUUGUCCUCAAUGUUUAAUAAACACUUGCUACUAUUUCUAAGAUACAUGGAAAUAGUUGAGAAGACCAGUUUAUGAUCCGGUUUUCCCAUUUUGUGGGAAUUCUAUUUUGAGAAUGGUGGCAACAAGUAUCUUCAGAACUAAUCAUUUUUUUCCUACUAUUUUGUUAUGUGUAUAUCUGUACUCUUAAAAAACUGCCAUUCCAUCAAAUUACAACAUUUCAUGUAGGGUCUGCCAAGUGUUUCUAGACUUGUAAUAAUUUAAAAUUGGAAGAGAACCUUAGAAACUAUCUGGUCUAAACCCUUCAGUUUUCUGAAUUUCUUAAAGAAAACAAAAACAGGUUAUUAUUAGGACAAGGUCACAAAGCCAUGUAGAGUAGACAAGAAUGGAAUCCAAGUAAUUUGGCUUCCAGUCUAGUGAUGUUUCCAUUACAACAUGUUAUGUAAAUCUAAAGUUUGUCCUUGGAGUGUUUUUCAUGACUAGUUCACCAUGAAAACUAACCAGCUAUCUUCUUGGUAUUUUUAUGUUUUUUUCUUUUUUUGUAUAUACAUUCUGCAACACAAAUUUGAUUUUUAGGAAAGCUUUAAAUAAGGAAUGUUUUGGUAUUUUUCUGUUCUAUAUUUUACUGUCAUAUUUUUGAUCGGGUGUUAAUAAAGGGUUUAUAAACUACUACAGACAUUAAAACAAAGUUUUAGAACCAUACCAUUUUGUACUUUUUGGAAAGCUAGUAACUUUAGGCACAUACCACUGACAGGUUAAUCGGUAAAAAGCUUUCAAAGAAGUCUGACAAUACAUUACUGACAUGGUUAGUCUGUAUUUUAACUUAACUUGGAAAAACGAAUGUACCUAACAUUUUUCUUCACUGGAUUUUCCCCCUUCAAAGACACAUUCCCACUAUACUGUUUGGUGACUUCAAUCACAAUUCAAACCUGAGAAUACAUACUAUACAUAAUAGUGAUGUUUAUUAGCACUAAAAUGAUAGUGAACUGCGAUGAUUACUUUUUUCCUGCUUUCUUAAAAAAAAAUCUUUGAUAUUACUUUCAAAAUUUCAAAGCAUUUCCCCUGCAUUCCAAAAUUUGGAAGAUUGUGUUCAGUAUUCUUGGUAAUAUAUUUGCCAGCUUUAUCACUUGAAAUUCUGCGGGUAUUUUUUUUUCUAUUUUUCUAAAUGGGCAUGAUCACAUUACCUAGUUUCUCAGUAUCUGUCAAUAGCCUGCUCUUAGGUGAUCAGUGAACUAUUCGCAGGUGUAUAUAUAUGUUGUCUUUUUUCAAGAGAUUUUUAGCACUGCCUAAUUUUUAAAGCUUACAUUUAAAAGUAAUGGUGAAUUACUUAAUUCCUGGAAUUUUACCAUUGAAGUUACUUGUUUUGUUUUCAUACCUUUUGCAAGCAGUUUAAUAUAGUUCCCAAAACUAUUGAUUCAUUUUUUAGUCCCUACAAAGCACUAUAAACUAUGUAAAUUUGAAAUUGUUAAUAAAAAUGAAAUGGUCAUAGUCCUCUUGGGAAGAAAACUGGCUUUCAAAAAUAUCAAUGUCCAUUAAGAAUUCAAGUGAAUAGGGUCUCCCUGAUGGCUCAGGGGUAAAGUUUCAGCACUAUCAAGCGAUC